AUGGGAGCAGCUUGUAAAAAAGAUGAAAUAGAAAUUAAGAAUCUUUAUUCAUUAUAUUUAAGAGUGAGUAAAUAAAAACUACCUGACUAACUUGCAAUUGAAUUGCAUUCAAUUCGUACAAAGCUUAUUAAAGAUAAAAUACCAAAACAAUGUUAAUUAAUUUAUAAUAUACUCCUUAAUAAUAUAAAGGAAGAAGCAAUUUAAUAGGCUCAAAGAAUUAAAUUCUAGUAAGUUUAAAAAUUAGAUCACUCUAACAUUUAGAAUGAUAAGUUAGAUUAACUUUUUUGUAUUAGUUUCAGAUUUUUAAAUUUUGAAGAGCUUAGAAAAUAUAUUGAAAUUGAUGAUUUCAAUAAUAAUAGCAAUAAUUGUCAAAUUAUUAACUUAUUUAAUGCAACUGAUAUUUAUUGUAAGAAGGUUAGAUUAUUUCUAUCCAGAAUAAGCCCAAAAUAUUAUAUGUACUUUUAUUCUUUACUUUGGAAAUAAUAUAAAUAAAAUGUUGAUGUCUUGAGCAAUAUUUUCUCUUUUGAUUUCAUUAAUAAUGAUAAAUUUCAAAAGAUCCCAUUUAAUUUUACUUUCUAGCAAUUCAUGUAUAAAAUAUGGGGAAACAAUAUUCAACCCUAUAUAAAUAAAAUUUAAAUAAGGGAUUUGCUAUAUAAUAAAAAAAAUGAUGAAUUAAAUUAAUAUUUCGAUGAUUUUAUUGAGAUUUCAAUCAAUGAACAUUAAUUGGAAUAUUCUGGAAAUAUUGGACUUACUCAUUCAAAGGGAUUCAAAAUUUUUCUAAAUUAACUAUUGGAAUUAUUAUAUGAAGAAUUUGAUAUAGGAUGUAAUAAAAAUCUUGAAGAUAUUAUUUAAUAUGUUAAGAAUAAUAGAUUUUUAAAUUAGUAAUUAAAUGAGUAAAUACUUAUUCAUUAUAUAUACCCAUAAAUUUUUGAAUAUAUUGAAUCAUAAUUAUCUAUGAUGUUAAAAGAAUAAUUCAAAGUUACUAAACAAUAUUUAAAAGAAUAAAUAAUUCAAGAUAAAGUAUCAAAUAAUACUCUAUCAAAAUUAUUGUUAGAAGAGGAUGAUGAAAAUUACACUAAAACAUCAAAUAUCUUAUCUUCUUAAUGCAAAACAAAUUAUACAUCUUCUUUAAAAGCAAAUUACUUAUCAAUUUAAAAUCAAGAUGAAACUACAUUUUUUAAUUAUGAAAAUAAUAAAUGGGAAUAUUUUACUAAUGUAUAACACUCAAGUUAUUUGAAUAUCGUUGAAUAAAGCAAUAAAGUAGAAGAAGUAAAGUAAAGGAUAGAUGAAAGAUCUAAUAAAUUAUUUAAGAAAUUUAGACUAGAAACAGUUAAACAAUAAGAUUUUGCUGUUUAAUAUAUAAACAUUAUGUUUGAUUACACUCAUAUAAAUAAAAAAGAAGAGAUAUCAGACUUAAUAUUUUAACUUAACUUGUUUUAUUGA